AAAAAAAAAAAAAAAAAGUCUCGCGUUGAAUCGCAGCGCUGGUCGUUGUUGCCUUUGCCUGAAAAAUGAAAAUUGAAAUGAAAUGAGAAGAAAAAAGCAAAGCACAACAUUCUUUGCUUUCUUUUUACCCUUAUGGCUUCUCUCCUCUCUUUCUUUCUGUUUUUCGUUUUUGCUUCUUUCCCACCCGUUCAUAGUGAAAAAUCUAAUUCCACUUUUACCCCCAUCAAUCGCGAUCUUUACCAUGCCAGUGUUGAUUUGUUGGAGCAGAUAAAGGCAUUGGUUCAUCGUCAUCCAGAUAAACUCACUGUGGAGACGAUUGAAACCGAAAACAAAGGUUACCAAGCAGAGAUCACAGUAGUUACAUAUUGCAGGAGUAGGAGAGAGAGCGAUGACAGGUCGAAGUUUCGGAUCCUUCUGAGUUUUGGGCAGCAUGGGAGGGAGCUCAUUACAACAGAACUUGCAUUGCGGAUCUUGUCAAUCUUAAGUGAAGAACAAUUUCUACCCAAUAUAAGUCCAGCUUCCUUAAAUAGUACUCUAGACAAGCUUGUCAUAAAGGUGGUGCCUAUGGAAAAUCUGAAUGGUCGCAAACUUGUUGAAGAAGGAGAUCUUUGUGAGAGGAGAAAUGGUAGAGGAGUUGAUCUCAACCGGAACUGGAGUGUUGACUGGGGCAAAAAGGAGAAGGAUUAUGAUCCAUAUGAAGAGAAUCCUGGCACUGGCCCUUUCAGUGAGCCUGAAACUCAAAUAAUGAGGAAACUUGCCUUGUCCUUUGAUCCUCACGUAUGGGUCAACGUGCACUCUGGAAUGGAGGCAUUAUUUAUGCCUUAUGACCACAAGAACACAACCCCUGAUGGAUUACCUUCACGGCGGAUGAGGUCAUUGCUUAGUGAACUCAACCAAAUUCAUUGUCACAAGCGUUGCAUGAUUGGUUCCGGAGGAGGCUCUGUUGGGUAUCUUGCUCAUGGGACAGCAACAGAUUACAUGUACGACAUUGUAAAAGUGCCCAUGGCUUUCACCUUUGAGAUAUAUGGGGAUUUGACAGCUUCAGAAAAGGACUGCUUUAAAAUGUUCAAUCCUGUUGACCUCACUAGCUUCAAUAGAGUUCUCAAUGAUUGGUCUGCUGCUUUUUUCACGAUAUUUAAAUUGGGGCCGCUGCAACUAGAUGAAACCCAGUCAAAGGCCUCUACAUCUGGUUUGGAGAAGUGGGUAUCGAUAGAUGAAUAUCUUGAUGGGUACUUAAUGGAAAGAAGAAAUAGGUAUGGUAAGAAGUUGGAGGUGCUAGAUGUUGGGAUGCAGGAGAUAAGAACUUAUUUUAGGCUCUUCUUGUUAUCCUCAGUUUUGUUAUUGUUUAUGUUCUGUUCUAGAAUUUCAAAGAGCAAGUCUAGCAGGCCUAUUGUUUCGGCCAUUCCCCUUUAACCAUGUAUAACAUCCGUGCGACACGGACGGAUAGAGAUGCAUCUGAAAUUCUUUACAAAAGAGGUUUUGAUUGGUGUAAUUAAACUUUAUACAGGACAUUUUUCCCUGAUAAUGUUAUAUUGAUUUGUAUUUAAUGAAUUGGACAACAAUUAUUUUUACAA